GUGUUAAUGAUCAGAAACCAUGGUGCUCUAUAAGGGCUUAUCCAAGCAGUACGAAGAUAAGUGUGGAAAUCCUGUAAGGUUUAUUGAUUGUAUGUGACCAGGUGAGUGUGUGUAUGUUAAAGUCAGCGACACACUCCUAACAAUUAGUACUACAGAUUUACUAAACAGCAGCUGUGUAAAAAUGGUAAUUAAAUAUUCAAAUCAGGAUGUACAUAAUAAAGUAUUCAUUUCUACAUGUAAGUCAGGAUGUAUCACUAUGUUAAAAUAGGACUACACAUUACCCCAGUAUGUGGCUUGAUUCAAUUUGAGGAAGGAGUCUUAAUUUCUUUUUCUACUGGAAGUUCUACAGGUCAUGGUGUCCACCCGAUUUGUUGUCAGGAAGGUCAUCCCUGUUGUCUUCUUUCUGAUUUGUGUGAUUGUGUUAACUCGACGUCUACCACUGGAUAUAAGGGAGGAUACUCCGCCUGACUCAGAGGAUGUUAUCGAGGAUUCCGUCCCAGAUUUUGAGACUCUUCACCGUCCAGAUGAACGGGUGGGCUACUGGAAUAAAUUCGUAGCAGACGUCAAGUAUCAAGGUGAAAGAGACAAUUUUGUGUUUAUUAAGUGCAUGAAGUGUGCUACUCAGACAGUGGCAGGCGCUCUCCGUCGGUACGCAUUCACCCGGAGGUUAAAUGUCGUCCUACCCAGGGACAACAAUAUAUACCUGGGCUGGCCUUAUUUAAUGGAUGAAGUAGACUAUAGGCCUUCAGAGGAGAAAUUUAACUGUCUCAUCGAACAUGCCAUAUACAACCGAACAAUCAUGGAGCCUCUGUUUCCACGAAACACUCCGUUCAUUACAAUAAUAAGGGAACCAUGGAGCCACUUCAAGUCAACUUUUCACUAUUUCAAAGUGGACAAAAUAGCAGGAAUCGAAGCCGAGGAUCCUAUAGAGGAAUACUUAAAUAAUAUACAGAAAUAUGAAGCCAUAUAUAAAAGUCGUGAAUCCCGGCCAUAUAGGUACUGUGUCCCUGACGGGUUUUCCGUUACCAAAAAUUUACUGUCCCAUUGUUUAGGAAUGCCUCUAGGGUUCCCACCAGGUCGAGUGGACUACUCACAAAACGAGGUAUUGGCUAAUGAGUACAUUAAGAAACUGGACAGGGAAUUCGGACUUGUAAUGAUAAUGGAAUACUUUGAUGAAUCCAUGAUAUUUCUGAAGAGACUAAUGAGCUGGUCAUUUAAAGAAAUUGUGUACAAAAAGUCAAAUGUCGGAAACUAUGCAAAGGACGCCUAUCCACAAUACUUAAAAAAUAUACAUAGGGAGUGGAGCUCUGUGGACUAUUUAUUGUAUGACCAUUUCCGAGAGAAGAUGGAAUUAAAAAUACAAAGUGCUGGAUUUGGAUUUCAAAGUGAAUUAAAACAAUUUAGACAGGUUCUCUCUGAAUUAAAUAGAUUUUGUGCAUCUGCUAGACGCUCGUCAAGAAUCAAUGCCAAAAUUUCCUUUAAACAUUUUACUUUUACGGGUUACGAAUGUGCUUUUCUAGGUGAGGAGGUCAACCAUUUAGAAUUAUUACAGAAAAGAAACAAUGCAGAAUUAACUGAAAAAUUGAAAUCUUACAAGAGAACAUGUUAAAAUUGAUUGAUAUAUUUAUUUAUUAUAUAUAAUUUAA